AAUCAGGCCGUUUACACUGCACAGAAAUGGAGGUUAUUGAAUCCCUAGGGAUUAUUAUAUACAAAGCCCUGGACUAUGGUUUGAAGGAGAAUGAAGAGAGGGAAUUAAGUCCUCCACUGGAGCAGCUUAUUGACUGCAUGACUAAUGCCACAGAAACAGAUGGGAGUAGGGAUGAAGGAUAUGAUGCUCUGGAUGAAGGAGUGGAGGAUGACGAUGAUGACAAAGAGGAAGUUGAGGCCAUUCACUCCUAUAAAGAUGUCAUGAAGCUGUGUGCUGCCCACCUGCCAACCCGAUCAGAGGCGCCCAACCACUAUCAAGCAGUGUGUCGGGCUCUGUUUGCCGAAACAAUGGAGCUCUACACUUUCCUGGCCAAAAUUAAAAGUGCAAAAGAGAACCUAAAGAAGAUUCAGGAAAUGGACAAAGAGGCAAGUGAUGAAUCCAGCACAGAUCUUGAUGAACUGAAAAAUGCUGACUGGGCCCGUUUUUGGGUGCAGGUGAUGAGAGAUUUACGGAAUGGUGUUAAACUUAAGAAAGUUCAAGAGCGUCAGUACAACCCCCUCCCCAUAGAAUAUCAGCUCACACCCUAUGAGAUGCUGAUGGAUGAUAUCAGAUCCAAACGCUAUACCUUAAGGAAGGUCAUGGUCAACGGUGACAUCCCUCCUCGAUUAAAAAAGAGUGCCCAUGAAAUAAUCCUGGAUUUCAUCCGAUCGCGACCUCCAUUAAAUCCUGCCUCUGCAAGGAAACUGAAACCAACCCCGCCACGGCCCCGCAGCCUCCAUGAAAGGAUCCUGGAGGAGAUCAGGGCAGAGAGGAAAUUACGUCCAGUCUCCCCUGAUGAGAUAAGGCGGAGCAGGCUGGAUGUACCAACGCCAGAGGCUGGAAGAAAAUUAGUGGAUGCCUCUGUAGUGAACGGUGGUCCAGCAGCACAAGGAAAGCAGAACGGGGCCACACAAGUGACAGUGCAACGCAAGAGACUCCUUAAGGCUCCCACACUGGCUGAACUUGACAGCUCAGAUUCAGAGGAGGAAUCAGUGCACAAAUCAGGAAGUAGCAGCAGCAUCUCCCCUUCACAAGUGGAAGACCCCUCUCAAGAAGGCACCAGCAGCAGAAAGAUGCCUCCGAAGUUCUUGCCCAUAUCGUCCACGCCGCAGCCCGAGAGACGGCAGCCGCCUCAGAGGAGACACUCCAUUGAAAAGGAAACACCAACCAAUGUGAGACAGUUCCUACCCCCUUCAAAACAGAGCUCCAGGUCACUUGUUCCUAGGAUAACCAGUUUAUUUCCAAGGAUGACUUUCAGACCACUUUUUACAACUAUGCAAACAGCUUCUCUGCUCAGCUCUCAUCCCGUUGAAGCAGCCAUGUGUGGGGUGGCAGGGGCUAUGUACUAUCUCUGUGAGAGAGCUUUUGCCAGCAGGUGGAAACCCCCAAAGGAGGAGUUCUGUUACCCCGUGGAAUGUCUGGCUCUGACAGUGGAGGAGGUCAUGCACAUCCGUCAGGUGCUUGUGAAGGCGGAGCUGGAGAAGUACCAGCAGUAUAAAGAUGUCUACACUGCUCUCAAGAAAGGAAAGCUCUGCUUUUGCUGUCGAACAAGAAGGUUUUCUUUCUUUACCUGGUCUUACACUUGUCAGUUCUGCAAGAGGCCUGUAUGCUCACAGUGUUGCAAAAAAAUGCGGCUGCCAUCGAAGCCAUACUCCACCCUUCCCAUCUUCUCCCUGGGACCUUCAACCUUGCAAAGGGGAGAAAGCUUCAUGAGGCCAGAGAAACCCUCUACCAGUCACCACCAUUCCCUGAGGAGCAGGUUGACCUCAAGGUCCAAGUCUGUGGAUAAGUCACACGAAGAGUUUCCCAAAGAAUUAAUGGAGGACUGGAGCACGAUGGAGGUUUGCGUGGACUGCAAGAAGUUCAUCUCAGAAAUCAUCAGCUCGAGCCGGCGCAGCCUGUCUCUGGCCAACAAGCGCGCCAGGUUGAAAAGGAAAACGCAGUCCUUCUACAUGGCAUCCGCAGGAGCCUCGGAGUACUGCCCCUCGGAAAGGACGAUCAAUGAGGUCUGAGCCCCGUGCCUUCUGCUCUGCUUCCGUCCCCGUGAGCUCACCAUCCACGCGCGAGGCCGCUGGCGCCGGAUCGUCACCCCGUUGCUUCCUUCCACCUGACUGGCUUGGGUUUGCAUUGGGUCACAGGAUUUCCUGCUGCAGCAGUUCCUGGAGACACAGAGCGCUGUGCUGGGAUCUGUGCAGGGUGAUACACGAGGGGUCGGCUGCCCGCGCUGGGGGAAAAUCAAUGGUUUGAAGUUGUCGCCUCUUUUGUACGCGUGCAUCGAAAUGAGAAAGCCUUUUCUUGCUUUCAGUCUUUUUUUAACCAUGCUUUGAAUCAUUUUUCAGGAGAUGAGUUGAGAGAGGUGUCUGAUGGAGAACCAGGUCCAGCACAGUGUCAGUGUUAACACGGUAGCAAGCAGUAGGUCCUGCUGCAUUCCCACCCUCGGAAUGCUCACGCCCUUGUUGAGGCAGCCAAGGGCCGUGUCGCACACCAAGCACCCAGAGUGAGCAGCUCCAGUCAAAUCCAUCUUCCUUUGAACCACUUUGGUUGCUCUGAGAUCAGGGUGCAGCACGGGGCUCUUCAGUGUCAGUGUCCUGGGGCAAAGCAGGUGACAAAGCUCUUCGCCCAUUUGGUCGGUCAUAACCCCGAGCUGCUGUACUUCUUAAGCCUUAGUGUCCUUCUGAGUGACUCCUGAGCAGGUUUUGGUAGUUUACUUUCUAUCUUGAAUGUAUGAUAAUAACUACUAGUAGCAGUGAAUUUUAGUAGUAGACAAAGUUGUACAGUUUAUGGGGAGGACGGGAAAUAAGGGAGGCUUCUAAUUUUAACUGAAUACCUGUAAAAUUGUUCUUGUGGUUACUCAGAGAAAGCAGUGAGUAAGGUGUAAAUUUGUAUUAUAAUGGAGCACACAGAUACUGCUAUAGUUCUGUCUGACAGCAUAUCCACUAGUAACCCCAUUUUUUCUGGGGUUUAUAACUUGGCUGUAAAAAUUCGUGUUCUGCUGAAAUUUGGGACAGUGGUCUCUCAGAUUGGGAGCGAUCUCUCUUUUUUUUCUUAAUCUUUUUUUUCAUUCUUUCCCCCUUUUUAAUUCACUCACAAGGGAGUGCUAGACUAAUUAUUUAAAAGUUCCAAUAAUCUUACAACGUUAACUGACAUCUCGUGCUUUUUUGCACUUUUUUUUAUAUUCAAAAUACUUCUUUUUUUUUAAAAUUCAGUCAUAGCCAGAGUUUAGUCAAUAAUUUGGGGCCAGAUCUUUUUGGUAUUUAAAAACAAGCUAACAUAGCCAAGUUAUUAAUACUUGAAAAUCAACUACUGUAACUUUUUUCAUAAAAUUUUUAAUACCCUGAGGCAUAUUUAAUAUCUAUAUAGUAGUGUAUUAUAGAAUGACAUAGCAGAAAAGUUUCAGAUCUAUUUAUUAACAUUUCUAUACUUCAAGUUAAUGAGAGAUACCUCAGAACUGCUCCAAAGUGGCUGGGACUGGACUUCCAUAACAUAAUUUUAAAGGUGUAUUGAUCAAAACAGCUUCCUCUGUCCAAAAAGCCCAAGAGACAGACUGCUCCUCUGG